CGUGAAUUAUCGCUCCUAACUACGACAGUCCAGCUAUUAUGAGUUCAACUUCAAACAGCCAAGGGCAUUGGGUUCACACCUGGGCUAGUAUGCCAAUGCUUGCAGAAAGUGAUAGCCUUCCCCCAGAUGACUUUAUACAAGGUGGUGUGGCCUUUUGUAACACCACUAUUCGUCAAACCGUACGACUAUCAAUUGGAACCGAGAAAUUCUUGCGAGUCAGGCUAUCGAAUGCGUUUGGGUCUAAGCCCAUUACCAUAUCACAAACAACGCUGGCACUAGCGACCAAGGAUAAGUCGGGGACCACAGAGAUUCAUUCCGAAACCAUACAAAACGUCAGAUUUGGCGGAAGCGAAUCUUCUAUUAUUCCAGCCGGAGCGCUUAUGGUUUCUGACGCCGUAAACUUUGGGUUUCCCUUAAACUCUAAUACUGUAUUGAGUAUCAGUAUCUUCUUUGAAGCUGGUCAUGACGCACAGUGCAUAAUUACGCACCCAGGUAGUCGCACUACCUCGUAUUACACUAAAGGCAAUCGUGUGUCUGAGGGUGACUUCAAUCACCUUACCGUCAAGCAGAAUGAUCACUGGUACUACAUUAGUGGUGUCGAAGUGUUUGCACCUCGAGAUACGCGAGCCUUUGCCCUCAUUGGGGACAGCAUUACAGACGGCAGAUGCAGCAUCACGAAUGGUGAUACCCGGUGGCCGGAUAUCUUAUUUAGGCGACUACAGGCCAGUACAUCUGGAUUACAUACUUCCCUUGCAAUAGUGAAUCAAGCGGCCGGAGGUAAUCGUGUUAUGGAUGACGGUCUUGGACCCAGCGUGCUGAGUAGACUUGAUAGAGACAUUAUAUCUCUUUCUGGUGUCAGCUGCGUGAUGAUAUUUGAAGGCAUAAACGAUAUUGGCAUGGCACCCGCCGAUUCCUGUAGUCAAGGGGCCAUUAGCAAUCGGCUAACUGCAUCGUAUAAGCAAAUUGCUAUCCGACUGAGAUCGCAGGGCAUUGCAAUCUUUGUAGCAACGUUAACGCCCUUUGGCCUUUCGCAAGUGGAUCCCAAAGAGUGUGGGAAUACAUCCCCAAACUCUUACUGGAACCCAAUUAGGGAGUCUACGAGACAGACUGUCAACAACUGGAUUCGCACAAGCAGUAUCUUCGACGCUGUAGUUGACUUCGAUGAGAUCUUACGGGACCCAGCACACCAUUCGUUACUAAAAAGAGAAUAUGACUCAGGCGAUGGAUUACACCCUAAUCAGAGUGCAUUUUACGCCAUGGCAGACUCUUUUCCGAUUGAUAUUUUGGAGAAACUAUUUUAAAUAUGCUGAGUUAUAUUACGAUCUAAUCUAUUAUGCAUGCUGCAUCUAUAAUCAAGAUAAGGGAGUUUGUAUAACCGUCAAAACUAGUUUAGACAAAUGCUAUGCCCCAG